GUCGUACACUGAAUGUGCACCCGUUGAUAUCUGUGAAUGUCUCCAUGUACUACGUGUGUUUUCCUGGUUCCUUUGAUGGCAAAUAAAGUCUCCUGCGUUGAUGUACUCCUGGUUUCCUCGCUCCGUGCUCUCUCACAGUAGUAACACCGUGAAAAUAGAAGCAUGUGCAUGGUCUUGUGCUAAAUCUAGUGAACGAUGUCAUUCCAUGUAUAUCUUUUUUGUUUAGGCUUCAUAUUCUAUGCCAGUUUAUCUUACACAAACCAAUAAUCCUGCAGUUUGAGGUGAAUGCAGCAAACACAUUAAAUGACUGAAGACGGGUUCAACCAGAACAACCUGGUUUUAAUCCCUCCGCCCAGCCUAGUUUUUUGCACAUGUGUGUAAAGAAUAAAAGGCCCGGUUAUGUUCCUGAAAUUACCCAAUUCAGAGCAGCUCUCACAGACUUCCCAGGGAAACAGGGUUUUAAAGGUGGUCCUGCGGAGACUGCAUACUUUGGAACAGUCAAGGCUGAUCCAAAUUUUAAUGCCCAAAAUGAUGCUGCAAAACUGAAGAAAGCCAUUGAGACCAAAGGUGUGGAUGAAGCCACUAUUGUGGAGUUGAUAGCAAAGAAGAGCAAUGCACAAAGACAACAGAUCAAAGAAGCUUAUCAGCAGAGCACAGGAAAAGAUCUUGGGACAAAAGAGGCUGUCUUAAGUGAAAUUCUAGGGACCAGAUCAAACAAGGAGAUCACAGCGAUGAAAAUUACUUUUAAAGAAGUCUAUGGAAAGCAACUGGAGGAACAAAUUAAAGGUGAAGUUAGUGGAGAUCUCGAGACUACCCUGCUUGCACUUUGCAAGGCUACCAGGAGUGAAGAUUAUAAUAUUGACGAUGGGCUUGCAAAGAGUGAUGCAAAGGUUCUGUUUGAGGCAGGAGAGAAUCGGGUUGGUACUGUUUGCUCUGUCCUAAUUAAUGUCCUCACAUCCAGGAGUGAAGCUCAGUUGUGUAAAAUUUUCCAGUAUUAUGGCAAAUACAGCAAGGAGGGUUUGGCCAAAGCACUGGAGAGUGAGCUUCAUGGAAACCUUGAAGACUGUCUGAUGACCCUGGUGAAGUCUGCUUGGAACAAACCUGCCUUCUUUGCAGAAAACCUCCACCUGGCUAUGAAGGGGUUAGGAACCAACACUGAUACACUGACUAGAAUCAUUGUGAGUCGUUCAGAAAUUGACCUGCUGAAAAUCAUUCAAGAAUAUAAGAGGAUGUAUGGCAAAACCCUUCAGGAGGCUAUUCUGAAGGAAACAAGUGGAGAUUAUGAGAAGAUUCUGCUGGCUCUCUGUGGCACUCAAUAAUCAUCUCUUACAUGUCUGAAUUAUGUGAAAAACAUCUGCAAAUUCAUUACAUGGUUAUAUUACCUACCCAUGUCAGCACAACUUAAUCCCACAUAGUUGGUUUAUGAAAACUGUUUCAUUUAAAUUUGGAAAAAAGUCAGUCAUUGUGCACACUGUAAGUGUUAUUGUCAGUAUAAUAUUCCUAGCUACAACUUCAACUACUAUUUUCAUAGUAGAAAUUCAAGUGCUUAUUACAGUUUAUUACAACUGUAUAUUAUUAUUGUUGUUGUAACAAAUCACUAUGUAAUCCUGGCAAUAUUUUACAUUGCGAUGAGCAUAUCGUUUAGCAGUAUGUGAGAACUGUGACCUUAUCUGUGUUUCUAUUCUCAUAAUCAAAGAGACAAAUUCCACAACCAAUAAACUUCAGUUUAAAGCAUCUGCAUCUUAUGCAUUAUCUAGUGAACAAUAUCAUUGCAUAUGUAAGUUUCAAUGUAAGGUUUGUUUUGUGUUAGGUUUAGACUACAACUUGGGGUGAGCACAGCAAACACAUUAAAUGAUAGAUUAUCACAAGCUUUACAGACAGGUACAA